AACCUAUGAAUCUGGGGCCACUCUCUUCCUCUGCUCCUCUGCCUCAAAUUCACAGUUCAUAACACUGCGCCCAGUGCUGCUGAGCCCUAGCUCGCUAUCGUCAACAUUCACAAUCAAGACUUGACCAGUGGUAGAUGUGUGUUAAGUCGGACUCGGUUAAGUAGGAUCGCCGCAGAGUUACGAAAGUCCGUUCUUGUGACUCUUUAACUGUACUAGUGACGUUUUUAAUAUAGUGAUGCGUUAAAUUACCAUUGGAAAUGUGGCUGCACACAUUUUUCUCCCUGGGGCUGCUGGUUCUUACUUAUUCUACCGACACUUGCAAACCGAAGGCCUGCGAGAGAAAAACAGAAAACGAGAAACCAGUGUGCGGCUCCGACGGCCUGACCUAUCCCAACCGUUGUCACUUCGAGAAAUCCCGAUGCCAAAACGGCAACAUCACCCUAAUACGCAAGGGACCCUGCAAACAGCAUCGGCCAUGCUUCGAAGCCGUCGAAUACGCCAAACAGCACCCAGGGUACAGCUUCAAACCCCAGUGCAGGCCGGACGGUAGCUACGCAGCAUCCCAAUGCCACCCUGACACCGGCUACUGCUGGUGCGUCACCCCCAUGGGUGUCCCUCUACCCUUCACCUCCGUCCAGAGCAGAGACGGCGUCAAGCAUAGGUGCGGCAGGAAGAAUAAGAAGUCCAGGAAGCGGUCCCCUAGCAAAAAGAACCACGCCAGGCCCUGCACACUGGCUGAUAAGUCCCUCUUCAACGGGAACCUCAUCGGCAUGUUCCUGGUGGAGUGGCAAAGGGAGAAGCAGACCUCAGCCUCUGCCAACGACUCCACCGUGAUAGAAUGGAAGUUCGCUGACCUGGACAACAACUCCGACGGUCUGCUGGACAAGACGGAGUACAAGGACCUGAAGAGGAUGGUGAAGAAGGCGGUGAAGCCGAAGAGGUGUGGCAAGGGGUUCCUGCGCACGUGCGACCUCAACACCGAUCACAUCAUCAAGAGGGACGAGUGGACGGAUUGUCUCGCAAGGAACGGGAUGGACGUUUCUUUGCGUGUGUUCUUGUCGCUGAAUCCAGAGGGGAGAGGAGGAAACGCGACCAUCGACAGCGAGGAGGGUGAAGAGGAGAUAGAGUCGCCGCCACACAGGUCACCACCUCAUGGAGGUUAUUUCGAUUCAGUUCUAAACCCAGAUGGAUUCCCGAUCAAUACAAUUCAUGAUGAUGACUCGUCGGAGGUACACGAAGAGGAACCCGCCAAUUGUUUAUCGGACAGGCAGACUGCAUUUUCUGAGGGUUCGCAUCUGCUGUACGUACCGGAAUGUACAUCUGAUGGACGUUAUCAAAAGGUUCAGUGCUAUAAAUCAGCUGGUUAUUGUUGGUGCGUCAACGAAGACACGGGAAAGAACAUCCCCGGAACAUCUGUGAAGAACGCAAACCCAAAAUGCGAUGAUUUAUUGGCGAACCCACGCCCCAUGAAGGGAUGUCCUGACGAGAAGAAGGCAGCCUUCUUGAAGGACCUGAUGCAGUUCCUGCAGAACAAGAUGAACACGACUUCGGCCUUUAACGAUCUCAUGUGGAAGGUUUCGAGAGAGGAACAAACGGCAAAACUGAGUUUCGUCAUGUUGGACAAGAACAAGAACAAGAUGUUGGAUAAACACGAGUGGAAGGCGUUCAAAGAUAUGGUACUGGAGAUGAGGACGUUCAGAAAAUGCGGCAAAAAGUUGCCGAGGUACUGUGAUAUAAACAGGGACAGACAGAUCAGCAUGACUGAGUGGUUGCUGUGUCUGAAUGUUCAACAAGCAACAGCUUCUUCACCAACCACUAGUCCCCGAAAUAUAACAUCAAGAUCUGGAAAGGAGAAUCCACUGAGUAUACUGAAAGCGGAUUGAUGCGUCACUUCAAAAUGUAAAUUCCUAAAAGCAAACCAGUGUAAAUUAGCGUUCCGUGAAGUUCCCGCCUGAUUGUUUUCAAUCGAGAGAGAAAAAAAAAACUCUGCCUCUAAUGGAUGUUGUAAAAAGUGAAAUGUUGUGUGAAAAGACACAGCUUCGAUGUGAUUAUUAUGUUAUAGUGUACAGCUUGUGAGUUCCCCCUAUCCGAAGAUGCAUUUCCUGUGCUUAUUUAUUUGAGAUCUCUUCUUUUUGUACUAAUAUUAUACAUUGAUAAGAUUUUAAAACAUUGUUGUCUAUGAUUAAUAGAAUCUUUGUUAAGACUA